AUGGUUACCUUCGAUGUUUCAUCAACUCCGGAGGCACGAAAAAGGACGGGGCCUACUUCCAGUGUUAUGAAAACCCAGGUAAUUCGUCCUCUGCAAACAAUAAUAAACGUAAUAUUUCAGUCUAAGACAGUUGAGUCAAGGAUUCGAUUUCUGGACAGUAAGCUUGUGCCGGUUGUGGCUAAUCUCUUCGAAGGAGAGAAACUUUACGUUUUGGAUGACGAAAAGAGAGUAAAUUGUUAAUUUUACAAAGAUUUGACGAAUUUAGGUAAAUAUCUUAGACUUGGGGUUCAAAGAAUCAGUUGACGAUGGUGUUCAUCUUCGAAAAUCCAUGGAUUCUGGUAUCAUUGAAGGUUUGAGGGUGGUUGGAAACCCCAUGGAAGUCAGCAUGCUGGACAUCAGCGGCGAGAAAGAGAAUUUGGAUGGUAGAGUUUAUGUCGACGGCUGUAAUCGGUUUGUGGACAAGAUCGAGAUGGGUCCUCAUGCUGUGCUGGAUGGACAAAAAGCCUUUCUUCAGUGAGUUUAUGUGAUUUCUAGUAUAUACGUCAAUUUAGGACGAAUACCAGCGCAUUUCGAUGCAAAUUGGCGGGCCUGACCGGGGCCAAAGCUUUGAGUGAAUUCAACUUGAUCGUCCUGACUGAUGGGUCUGACGUCUCAAAUAAUGUUGCCUAUGGAUCUAGAGUGACCAAGAAUGGCGAUUCGGAGAUCAGCGUCAAGUAUCUUGGUAGGGCCAGUUUCUAUAAAAUUUACAGGAUACGCCGGUUUUGUGGCCCGAGUUGAAUUGGCUAUACUGGUCGACAAAAUUUUCGUUCCAUCUGGAUCUCGGUAACCGCUGGGUCUAUAAGCUUAAAAUUCGUCACAGAAACACUCUGGGACAAUCUAACCCCGUACCCAAAAAAAUCUUAUCAUUAGGUGCACAUUUUAUGCACGUUUUUUACAAAGGGCUAAAAACGGUAUCACAAAAUUUUCUUUCCGCUUUGAAGAUUACGUUUGUAAAACAUAAGGGCGAUGCGCACUUCCAAGGUUUCCAAAAACUGAAAAUCACUGGCCCGCCCUAUGCUAUCAAUCUGCAUAUUAUUUAUGAUUAUUCAGGUUAUUUUGAUGCAUCCUGCAUGAUGAGAAUUGGAGUAGCAAUCCGACGACCCGAUCUUGAGCUAAUUAACGUGACCUAUCAUGGAUUGUAUGGGGCCCUUAGCGAAUCUUUUGAAAUCCCACGCUUUACCGAAUGGCCGAUUCCAGUGGAAUUGGCAGCUCUUUUACCAAAAGAAGAUGAUCCUCGGAGAGAAGAGAACUUCUCUGAAGAGUUGGUUCGAGGAUCGUUUAAGGUUGCUAUGCGUUGGAAGGAGUCCGAGCAGAUGAUCACCCAAUUCAAGGCGAAUAAAGGGCGGGCGAACACGAAUCCCUUUAAAUAUUUCCAGACCCCGAAUACAACUGAUGAGGCCUUGUUGGUAAGGUUUAUCUGUUUCUUUAUUAAUUUUUUAGACGAUCUCUCCGGGAUGGCUGGAUCCCCGGGUAAAGGAUUUCGCUCGUUCGAUGAAACUGAGAUUUGUUAAAGUAGGUAUUCAUAUGUAUUUUCGAACAUUAUUUUAGAUGCUUUUCGACAAGUCAUCGGAAGGGAAGGUUUCCUGGCCAAUGGUGCAGGUCCAAACUGAAUUGGUGGAACGGUUCAAGACGUUCUUCAUGACCUCACUUGCCAAUCCCAUUGAGGAUUUCGAUGUUUUUGAAGGAUCGUGGGACUUUUUUGCCGCUGCUCGAUCAUGGGUUACGCUGAAAGAGAUGAUGUCAUUCCUUGUGGAGCUCAUAAAAAACGAAGAAAUAAAGCAUACUCAUGUAAGUUGAACGCUUUAGCCUCAUUUAUUGCCGUUUCAGGUUCACACUGACGGUAUUUCGCAGUUUGCCAGUGCCGUUUCCAAAGAUUAUAACUUGGCCAGGUCAAGGUUGGACGAAUCCCGUGUCGUUGAAUAUUUGAUACAGCUGGGAAUGGACCGUAUUCGUCGUGAACUCUUGAUUGAAUUGGGAAACGAGAAAGCGGAGGCUUUGAGUUAUCUGGACCUUGAGGAUGUGGAUAUCGAGGCUGGUCUGCAGAGAAUGUUGGCAGUCCAUUUGGCCCUCCAGACAUACGACCUCUGUCGGAAAUACAUCGACAACUCUGCUUUUGUGGACAAAAUGUUUGGGUAAGUCACUGUUGUUGAUUGACGUAAGACGUUUCGCAUUUCAGAACUUUCCUCCGCAGUUCCGAGCAGGUCAACUUUGACAACGUGAAGGAGCUUGCUGUCGAUAUCAAGGUAGAUGUCCCAAGCCUCAAUCGAGAGUUGUUCGCUAUGUAAGUUUGGGGUUUGAGUCGUUACAAUACUAGUUCGCGCUUCUAUUUAGCAUCUUUUUUAGUAAUAAUCUGCGAGAAUGGUCUGUUACCUGUGAUUUCAACGACGCCAAGCAUGGUUCCAAUCAGAUUUACGUUUAUUUGAGCCGUAAUCCGGAACUUAGAAUCUCCGGGAAGUUGAAUAAAGCCGAAUUCCGGAUGUACAAAUACCAAUUCGAAGUUCCUGACAUGGCGUCUCUGUUCCACACCUAUCUCGCCAACGUCAACGAUAACGUUUUGACCGGCCCUGGUAGCACAAAAAAUCAAAUAUCUUUCCGAAGCAAUCGCUAAAGCUAAUAUAUUUAUUUAUAAAGGAACAUUUCUAUGGGGUAUGGAAUUACGGGUCGGGACAUACAUGAAAAAAUGUUUUUACAUGUCAGAAAAAUUUUGUGAUUUUGAUGUGUCUCGAGCGGUGACUCCAUACCCUUAAAAGUGCUUUCCUAGCAAGCGAUAUUUGAUAAACCGGUAUUUUAUUUUUAAGAUCGUUUGCUCGGUAGGAUCGUAUGAUGAUCUGAAUUAUUUUAUUUUGCUGUAUAAGUCUUAACUGACUUGUGCUUGUAGCAUUGAAUCUGGAGCUUAGUACCCAAAUAGGCAAGUCCCGCGAGAUUAUGAGGUUCCUGGGAAUAACAGGGAGCAUUGAAUACGGUCAGACAUCUGUCGGCAAUGGUGACUUCAAACCAAUCACACAGUGGUGGGCUCUGAUAACCGGAUCAAUUCUUGCCGCCAGAUAUAAAUCACCUUGGUUAUAUAACAAAAGUCAUUGACUCCAUAUUUCCUCCUCAAUGGCUGGGAAGUCAAAACGGUUUUCUAUUCCACAGCACAAAUCGGAUAGUCAAAGUUUGUUGUUGGAAAAAAAGUAAAAAUAGAAAAAUUUUGAAUGUAGCGGUUAUGAUACACGAGCGAAUUGAUCAUAAUCGUCGCAACAUUCAAAAUUCCCGAUGCCUGUUGAAGGUGACUUCUGCCGUUCUGUGAAGGCAUUCUGACUGUUUGACUAGCCAUCUACGGAUUUCGGAUGUCACUGCUACUCUUUGACACCAAUUCUAAACUAUUGGCUAGCUAUUUUCGGCGCUCAGGCAUUCUGAUACCUUCGCCAAAGGGAAAUUUUUUUUGGCUCUCAUGCUAACUCAUUGGCAAUCCCAAACAAUUUUGCAAAUAGAGGUAGCGCAAAAUUUGCAUAAACUAGUGAGUUGAUCAUUUAAAAGUUGUAUUCAUGAAUACUGAAUAUAUUCAGUGUCCAAACUUCAGCUCUGCUUGUCGGUCGUUUUUUAUCGUCUCCAUUCCGAAGAUGGGUAAAGAGAAAAACAAGGAAACCAAAACGGAAGAAAACGUAAGGUUAUUUCGAAAUUGAGUGAGACUAUAUGUGCAGGAUAAUGAGGACGACAUUUCGAUCACCGAUGACAUCCGCGGCGCAGAAUACUACCAUGGUCUUGUGCCUCGAACAGAUAUUGAACCGCUUCUGAAGAAAGAAGGAGACUUUUUGUUGCGUAAAACGGAGCACAAUCCUGGUAAGAGACGGCGAAUACUUCAACAGCCUUCUGUAAUAAAUAUAAGGAUGGUAACAUACGCAUCAAAUCGGGUGUCGCGGCCUGAAACCGCGAUUCCUUGUCUGUCAGGCCUCUAUACAAGAAAUGCGCAAUUCUUGUCACCAUCCUAAUAUAGGGUGUUCCAAGAAUCAUGGAAAAAACUAUUCAUUAAUAACUUUGUGCUCGGUGGUCCAAUCCGAAAUUUUUUUUUGCAUUUUGCAGAAAAACCUUGGAGUUUUUAGAAUCAAAAAAAAAUUUUUUUGUUUUAUCGGCGGAGACUUCCAUAAUCCGCCUUGAAUUCGGUGGAGUGCGUUUUUCACAAACGAGGCUGUAAAAAUUGGUUCAUUUUUUUCUCCGCUGAUUUCUCCGCCGAAUUGCCUUUUUGUCUUCUCCCAUAUGUUUUGGUUUUAGCCAAUUUUGACUCCCCAAAUUCGAAGAAAAAUCGUCCGCCGAGGUUAAAACAUGUCUCCGCCGAAUGACAAAAAAUUGAAAUUAAUGUCAUAUUGUAUCUUCUGAAUCCUUUCCCGCCCAUUUUCUUCACACAAACAACUAUUUACAGCCUCAUUUGUGAAAAAAACACUCCGCCGAAUUGAGAGAGGGAGGAUUACCGAAGUCUCCUCCGAUCAAAGAAAAAAUUUUUUGUUGAUUCUAAAAACUCAAAGGUUUUCCUGCAAAAUGCAAAAAAAAAUUUUCGGAUUGGACCACCGAGCACAAAGUUAUUAAAGAAUAGUUUUUUUCCAUAAUUCUUGGAACACCCUGUAUAAUGAAAAUAAUUGUUCCAGGAGUGAUUGUGUUGGCUCUAUCUGUAAGGCAUGAUGGUCAUAUCCGGCAUUUUAUGAUCAAUCAAGACGAGGACGGCUCUUUUUACCUGGAACACCAUCGGGAAAAGACGGUCGCAGAACUCAUAAACUGGCAUCGGUCCACUCGAACACCCCUCUCAACCGCCACUCCAGCCAAACUCAGACGUCCUGUGGAAAGACCGGCCUGGCUUCUGAAUCAUGAUUCCAUCAAGUUGUCCAAGAAGUUGGGAGAAGGCGCUUUCGGAGAAGUUUAUUUGGCUGAAUUCACAAACGCGGCAGAGAAGGUGGAAGUGGCUGUGAAAACGAUGCGAGAAGAAGCAACCAGAGAAGCCAGACUCAAGUUCAUGAAGGAGGCUCGACUGAUGAGGAAAUUCCAGCACAAACACGUGGUUCGUAUCCUGGGAGUUGCGGUUCAUGAGCAUCCCUUGAUGUUGGUCAUGGAAUUAUGCCCUGGGGGCUCUUUGUUGUCAUACCUCCGAAAGAACAAAGGAAGUGUGAAUCAACAAACCAAACUCAGAUUUGUCUCGGAAGCUGCUGAAGGACUGUUCUUUUUGGAGCGCCAGAAAUGCAUCCAUCGUGACAUUGCGGCUAGAAAUUGUCUUUUGACCGCCAAGUUGGAUGUGAAGGUAGCCGACUUUGGAAUGAGCGAUGAUCGGGUUUCCGUACAUGAUGACAAGUUGGAUAAGGUUCCCGUGAAGUGGCUCGCCCCCGAGACUAUGCAGAAUAAGAUGUAUUCCAACAAGACAGAUGUCUGGUAAGCUCGGUAAUAAUAUAUUAAGGUCCAUUUAGGUCCUUUGGAGUGCUUGUUUGGGAGAUUUAUGCAGACGGAUCCGACCCAUACCCCGGCCUCACCAAUAUCCAGACCAGAGCCAAGAUUGUUGUUCAGGAUUAUAGAAUGGAAAUGCCUAAGGGCACACCCGCCGCCAUGAGUAAAAUGGUCUCUCAAUGUUGGGCCAAAGAUCCCGAGAAAAGACCGGACUUUUCCAAGAUCACCAAGAUGCUCAAGGAAAUGAAAGCGUAA